AUGCCCAAAGUCAACGGCAAUGGUGGAGGCUCUCCAAUCUUGACCAAGCGGAACACUCUGAACAAGAGACAGAUGCGGCCCUCCAUCCGCAUCCUCCAACUACAGCGGUACACCCUGGCUGCGCCCAGCCCACUCGUUCGCGCGCGAGGAAGCACCGCGUUCACGUCGGCACUGGACAGCGAGUUUGCCAUAUACCCAGACUUCUUCAGCCCAGCCGAGAGCCGCGCGCUCCUCGGUCUUGCGCUAUGGAAACUCGACAGGGCGGAUUCGAAGCGGCGCCGGCGUAGAAGAGGUCCAGAAGAGAAGAAGGAGGAGGGAAGGGGUAACGGCGCACCCCUGCAAGACAUGUUUGUCGGCCCAUACGGUUUCGAAGAGGGCCACUUUGACUCGGUGAUCCACAAUUAUCGUGAAUCCCUCGUCACCACGCUUCCUCCUUCUGCGGAUGCUGAUCUGGUGCGCGUCCUGUCCCGCCUCUACGCCCUCGUGCCGGGGAUUACGCUCCCCCAAUCUCCAUCUCCCUCCGACUUACCGCCAGAGGGGAGCAGCACGCACGCUCUCCACCUCUCUCCCGAGGGCGCCAUUCUCGCCCAUGUGGAUAACCUCGAGGCAUCGGGGCAGACGAUCGUUGGCGCGAGCCUCGGUGCCACGCGGAUCUUGAGACUCGACAAAGGUGGCGAGGGGUGGGAUGUCCUCCUGCCCAGCGGGAGCGUAUACAUACAGAAGGGCGCGGUGAGGUACGAGUACACCCAUGCCGUGCUCGGGUUCGGCGAGAGUAGAUGGGAGGGAGUGCCGCUGCCGAGAGGACAUCGAGUUAGCUUCAUGGUCCGGGACGCGCCCACUCGUCCCGCACAGUUGUAG